UGGUUUAUGUUAGUAACGAACUACGUCCGCUCGUAGUUCCUAACCUAUUUCGCUGAACGUAUUUCGUCACACGGAUUCAGGAACAAAUAUCUAAUUUUGGUUUCCUAAGUUGUUACGAUACGUCGACGACUUGUAAUAAUUAACGUACACGUACUACGAUUAAAUAACCACAUAUUCGAAGAGAGAAGCUCGAACGGCAAUUUAAAAAGAUGUCAAUGUUGGUUCGACUUGUUCGUUCUCAAGGAAUUAGAAACAAAUUUCCAUUGUUAACAUCAAAAGAUGUUAAAGUGCUCGAUACGGUGCUUCGACAUGCAUCGGCGACACCUUCGAAAAUUGACGUGGUCUCGGAUAAACCGUUUCCGGUGAAAAAAAAAUGGGUUAGCUAUGGAUUUGACGAAGAGGACGAGAAAAUGGAUCGACAUUGGAUGCACCAAACACUUUUCGUUGCCGUUACUGUCUGUUGCGUGUUUGGAAUAUUUGUAUGUGGUUAUUUACCGGAUCCAAAACUGAAAAGUUGGGCCCAACGAGAAGCAUAUUUCCAAAUUCGAUUAAGAGAGGAGAAAGGUUUGCCCUUGAUCGAUCCAAAUUUCGUAGAUCCGUCAAAGUUUACUCUUCCGACCGACGAGGAGCUUGGCGAAACCGAGAUAAUUAUUUAAACGACAUCAAAAUAACAUAUAAAUAAACAGAAGAAAAGUUUUAGCAUUCUUGUAUCGAUCGUAAGAAGAUUGUUGUUCCUUCCACAUUUA